CUGUUGCUAAGACCUCGUCAUUAUUUACAUCGGUGAGGGGAGAAAAAACAACCGGAACUUCCGCUAGAUUGAAACGGAAGUAGGUACGUGGCUGCUUCAGCUGACAGUCUACAUGAUGGCGACAGAGGUUCAGAGCGGCGACCUCGACAGCGCUACUUCUAGCCGGCUCGAAGUUUCCAUCGAUGGCCUCACUCUCACUCCGGACCCGGAGGGCGAGCAGAGCCAGGCCGAAGAACCGGAGUCCAUACCCACGGAACCCAGCACAGAUAAGCCGGGCGGCGCUGAAGGCGAAGAUGGAGAGACUGCCAAAUGUGCGAUAGAGAGGAAAUGGGGCUUUCCUCUGCUGGAGCUGUACGGAAUGGCCCUUAAAUUUUUUAAAGAUAAAGAUGGAAAGGCCUUCCACCCGACCUAUGAGGAGAAGCUUCGAUUGGUGGCUCUGCACAAACAGGUGUUACUCGGUCCUUACAAUCCCGAUGCUUCACCAGAGGUCGGCUUCUUUGAUGUCCUGGGCAACGACCGCAGGAAAGAGUGGGCUUCACUGGGUAACAUGGAGAAGGACGAUGCCAUGGUGGAGUUUGUCAAGCUACUUAACAAAUGCUGUAACCUCUUUGCCCCAUACGUCACAUCACACAAGAUCGAAAGGGAGGAGCAGGAGAGGAAAAGGAGAGAAGAAGAAGAGCGUCUAAGGCGGGAAGAGGAAGAAAGGGAGCGACAGAGGCUGGAGGAAGAGAGACGGAGGCUUGAGGAGGAGGAAAGGCUUAGAAGAGAGGAAGAAGAAAGGAGGCAGGCAGAAGAGGAGAGGCUACGGAUUGAGCAGCAGAAACAACAGAUAAUGGCAGCAUUAAAUGCGCAGACAGCGGUGCAGUUCCAACAGUAUGCUGCUCAGCAGUACCCAAACAGCCCUGAGCAGCAGAUGAGCCUCAUCCGUCAGCUGCAGGAGCAGCACUAUCAGCAGUACAUGCAGCAGCUCUACCAGGUCCAGCUGGCCCAGCAACAGGCGGCCUUACAGAAGCAGCAGCAGUCUGAUUCAAUGGUGCAGGGCACCCUAGAAUCUAGCAGCUUCCACACAGGUGAACCCAUCCCUGCAUCCUCAGCCGGACCAUUGUGUGCUGCUUCACCACAGACUGGAGAAGAAGCUCCAACAAUCAAUGGAGGCCAGUCAGACUCUUACUCAGAGAGUAUGGAUCGGGAGCCAGAGCCUGAACCGGCAGAAGAGGUCUCAGAGAAUGGACCUUUAUUAGCAGAAUCCCCACCAGUCAUAGCUGCUCCUUCCAUGUGGACACGGCCACAGAUCAAGGACUUCAAGGAGAAAAUCCGUCAGGACGCAGACAGCGUGAUCACGGUGGGGCGCGGCGAGGUGGUGACGGUGCGUGUUCCCACUCAUGAAGACGGCUCGUACCUGUUCUGGGAGUUUGCUACAGACUAUUACGACAUCGGCUUUGGGGUCUUCUUCGAGUGGACGGACGCAGCCUCUGCUUCAGUCAGCGUGCACGUGUCAGAGUCCAGUGAAGAGGAUGAAGAUGAUGAAGGCGAGCCAACCAGUGAGGAAGAGAAGGCCAAGAAGGAGGCAGGGAAGCCUCAGGUGGAUGAGAUUGUACCGGUUUACCGGAGGGACUGUCAUGAGGAGGUGUACGCCGGCAGCCACCAGUACCCAGGUCGCGGAGUCUACCUGCUCAAGUUCGACAACUCCUAUUCACUCUGGCGCUCCAAGAGUGUUUACUACAGAGUCUACUACACCAGAUAAGCCUGAAUACAGACACAAGGGGAGCCAAGGAGUGUGUAUGUUCGUAUAUAUAAAUAUAUGUAUGUACGUGUGUGUGUGUUUGUGAGGGGGGGAGGGUGAAGAUUUGUGUGAAGGCAGCCUGUAUUUGUGUGUAUGUGUGCGUGUGUGUGAAGGAGGAAACUACCAGAUUAAUUCUGGAUUAAACCACCAGAGGGAGACAAAGAGACACAUCUGGAGUCGUAGUCUGGAGACUCGACUAAUAUGUAUUUACUGUAUGUGUACGCGUGACCCAAGAUGCACCCAUGCUAGAUCCCGUUAUCGAGCCCUUGGAAGAGGAGUGCGUAUACCCGUUGUAUAUUCACCACCUGUCCUUGCUGCAUUCACACCAAGCUGUAGGACUUUGCUCUCAUGAUAUAUUUCACCAGUUUCCUCCCCUGGGCUCCACUUAAGUCACCAAAGCCCAGCCCAGCACUGUCCAACACGGUGGCGUUGUGGCUGCUUGUGCUCCAAGUGAUGCUAUCAUAACCACAAAUGGAAACUUGGUGGCUCCACGAGCCUAUGUUUCCCUUUCUUUCUUUUCUUUUUCUGUUUGUUUGUUUGCUUUUGAGUGGAAAAGGUGGUUGUUUAUCCCACAAGUACACAGAGGACAAUGUUAGAAAUCAAUUUAUUAUUAAAGAUGUGCUUCAUAACACUAUGCCUUUUACUCAGAGAUCGUCUGGUCUUUGCCAAGUGUGUUCUCACUCAUUUAAACAGCCCGGGUUCUCAAACCUGCUCAUCCUUUUUGUUGUCACAAAGCCACCGUACCUGUAUGAAGAUCUGAGAGGAUUGUGAAGUGGAACGAGUGGUCUUUUUCAUCUUCUUCUCGCAAACGUUCUGUUUCUUAUACUUAUUUCGAGAGUCAGGUUACAACAGCAGUGUGUGUCUUUUUAAACUUGCAUCAUUUAUGAAGGACCGGCAAGAAGUCAUUCAGUAACAUGGGUGUUGAAGGAGGGUGUGCAAAACAUCAUUCACAUGGUAAUUUAUGGCUGUGAGCCUUAUCGGCUGCAGAAACGUCACAGUGUAAGAAGUGUAAAAGUCAAAUCGGUGUAGGAGUAAUUUCCGUUCUCCCACAAAUGUUUUUCCGUUUGAGUUUUUACAAAAAAAAAAAAGUUGCUUGUUGACAGUCCCUCAUCAUAUGUGUUGUUCACCACUUGUUAAUUAAAGACUCACAAAAAAGAAAGAGCUUGUGUUGUCAAUGUUAGCAGGGGGAUUUGUUUUAUCAUUCCUGUUUUCCUGUUCAGAGCUCUGACACGCACGUGACAAUAAACUCAACUAACCAUCCUUUUUUUUUUUUUUUUUUUUUAAGGUCAUAACACACUGUUACAUCUGUGUAGAAAAUCCAUAACACAAAACUCUGUUUUGUCUACUUUUUUCCUUUCUUCCUCUUUGAGUUGUCAUCUCAAACAUUAUGAAUUAAAAAAAUAAAAUAAAAAGGAAAAAAGAGCUGAUUAGAAUUGUGUUCUGCGUGACACGGUUGCUUACUAACAUUUAAAUGUUUUUUUUAUUAUUAUUGAAAAUGUAAUUUAGAUUCAUUCUGUUCUUCAGCUACGCAUGACAUAUGUACCCAACAUCUGAGUGCGUUGUGAGAAUUGCUAUAUGAACUGUGCUCUCUGAAUCAAAGUGAUUGUCGAAUAUGGCAAGUGGGCAUCGAGGACAUUUGAUUUCACUUUAUCACACUUUAGUUUUUUUUUUGUGUGUGUGUGUGUGUGUGUGUGGGUGUGUGUAAAUGCAAAGCAACUUUAAAGACAGAGGCGGAGUAGGAGUAUCUUGCAAGCCAGUUAACCCUCCAGUGUUUGCAGAGCAUCAUUAUUUAAUGACUCCUGCCUCCAAAUCCAUUCAGUGAUUUGUGCAACAGAAUGUCACUACUUGCGGCUCACACAAGCCCUAAACGUCAAGAAAGUCCCCGUAACCUCAAAUGUGAUUUUUUGUUUUGUUUUUUUUUUUUGUUCAUGGCUCAUCAAAGGGUUUGAUUUGAGAUGUUUAAGCCUUGUAUGUAAAUAAUUCUAUAAAUGAUGUUUAUGUAUGGGUUUUUAAAUGUGGAAGAAGGCUGUGGGUUUUUUGCGAAUGAAUGCACUGUAAUAUGACACGUGCAUUUUACCCCGAAUGAAAGUCCAAAACUUGUAGAAAGUACGAGACUCCCUUAACAUAAAAUUUCAUUUUUUUUUUUUGUAUUGUUUUAAUGUUUGGAUCUCUUAUGAUUUGCAAGAUCUUUUUGGGCAUAUAUUUAAUCUUGAUUAAACGUAUCUUCAUCUCUA